AUGUGCUAUUGCGAAGAGUACUCCGCACCCACAAAUGUUCCUAUUGGCCAAAGAGAGCUUUGCACCGAAUGUUUGCACGGGAAGAGCAAACAUCCUCGACCUCAACAGCCUGCACCAGUGGCCGAGCCAUUGGUGCCUCCUGCACUGCCAGUGAAUCCAGGUGGUCCGAAGCCAUCCAAACCAGCAGCUGCCACACCAAAGGAACGAGCUGGAGUGACAGCGAUAUACAAGCAAUCACUUGCCCGACGUGCUGGGCAAGGCCCGGAACUCAAAUUUGAGGUGUCAACUGACAGUCGGAAGACAGUCGCAGCCACGAGAAGUGAAGUCAUGUCAGGAUUCCGCCCAACUAUAAAGCGGAAAGUCACAGGGGGCAGGGUUGUAUCUUCAAGACGGGCCACUGGCAGCAGCUCAUUGAAGCAACAACAGGUCCAGAUUCAAGUUGGCGCUGUCGCUGUCUUGAUCAAUUACCUCGAUGACAAAGGACAAUUGAUGAGCAGGGUCCCACCUGUGAAGACAGAGGUGUCAAAACUCAAGCGAAGGGGAUGUGCUCACUUUGACGAAGACGAGCCUGAGGACAACAAAGUGGAUUUCAGCUUUUGCCCGGACUGGACAUUUCAAGAAGUCGAAGAAUAUUUUCGAAGACUUUUUCCAAAAGUCUUUGAGUACCUUGACUCCGUACAGAAUGAUGAUGUGAAGGGGAAGGCUGUCGAUAACGGAGCAUUGUGGGUGUUGAUUUCGAAAGAAAACCGCUGGCUGAGUGUUGCACCUGAGCCACUGCCAAACGGCAAACAUCUUGAGCGGUACAGAGGCAGAGAUAACGCACCUCUUGCAGCGACUAAUAUUUUUAUUGCUAACCGGAAGUACAUACCUGAGCACAUUUGCGCACAAUGGGACCCAGACGUGAUCAUCAUUGAUACAGAUUCCGAGGCAGGAGAAGAUCGAGAUGAUGAGCCUAAGACAGCACGUCCAAAACACUCAAUCCGGUACACCAAACACGAAGAACCAGCUCGAAAGAAACUGCGUGGAAUGAUGUUCCGGCCCGGCUUGGCCCAAAAGCCGCGGCUUUGGCCUGGCUUCAGACGGCUCUGGCCUGCAAAAAAUCCAAGCCGGGCCAAAGCCGCAAAUGACAGCUGGCUUUGGCCCGGCUCUGGCCUGAGCCGCGGCUCGAGUAGGGAAUUUGCGAUUCUGACAAAGUGAGCAUGAGCAGGUCGUUGUGAAACCAGGAUUCAACCACAUGACUCACCUGCAGAUAAAUCGCGGCAGUCGAGAGCGGCGGUGGAAUUUCGGCGGUUUCUUCGUGACAUGCGUUACCCGAAGAGAUUGACGGAGGUGGAGGGAGAUGCAUGAGUAGAAAGGGAACACUGGAUCCAAGUGCACGGGUGAGGGUUGCGGUGGUGAAUUUUGACUCUAAAGGAGGAGCGCUACUGUACCGAGUUCAGACAUGC